AUGUCCACCACCACCACCGGCAAUAACCCCUCCGGCGACGACGAUAACGCGAGCGUCUCCCGGCGGCCGCUGCUCGCCGCGUCGCUCCUCGGCGCCGGUCUCGUCCCCGGCCGCGCCUCGGGCUUCAUCCCCGCCGACUUCACGCCCGGCACCUCGCUGUCCGUCGCCUACGACGGGCGGCCCGUUGAGCUGGGCAACCUGUUUCGCGCGUACGAGUGCAAGCUCGCGCCGUUUAUCAGCUUCCAGCCCGAGACUGACGUCCCCUCCACCACGUCCUACAUGCUCAUGCUCGUAGACCCCGACGCGCCGACCCCCGAGGACCCCAAGUUCGCCUUUUGGCGGCACUGGCUGCUCCCCGGGCUGCAGCCCCUCGCCGGCGUCGACGGCGUCGUCGCGCAGACCAAGCCCGCCGUGACCGAGUACCUCGGCCCGGGCCCCAAGGACUCGUCCAGACCCCACCGCUACCUCUUCCUCCUCUUCCGUGAGCCCGACGGCCUCGACCUCGCCGAAGCGGACGUCGGCGGACAAGAGUUUGAGCAGCGGCGCUCCUUUGACACGCCUGCCUUUGUCGAGCGGCACGGGCUCACCCUCGUCGCUGUGAACUGGAUGAGGGGUGCGGGAGACGGGUGGACCGAGUAGGAGAGACUCAUCAACUCGGCUAGCCGGACGGCCGGCCAUGAGAGGAAGAAA